GCGCCCGGGGGCUCGGAGACUGUGGCCCUGAGGUAGACCCUAAGACGGCCCCUGAGGCGGUGCGCUCAGUGAGCAGUCCUGCGCAGCCGCAGCCUGCCGGACGCGGGCGCUUUCGACGGCGCAGGCGCGCUCCGAGAGCCUAGAGGCGCAGGUACAGAGAACAUCCAGGUAGUGACUGCAGUUCCACCUCUGGUCUGGUUGGCAUGUAUCAUGGGCGAAGUACUGGUAAAGGGCCCUCCACUCCCACGCAGAUUUACCAGCAACCUCCAAGGCUUCUCAUUGUGCAUAUUGCUCUACCGUCCUGGGCUCACAUCUGCUCCAACCUCUGUGAGGCUCUGCAGAACUUUUUCUGUCUAGCCUGCAGCUUGAUGGGCCCCAGCCGCAUGUCCCUCUUCAGCUUAUACAUGGUACAAAAUCAGCAUGAAUGUAUCCUUCCCUUUGUGAUGAAUUGGGUGCAUGCCCUCCUGCUACAGCAAGUUAUCAACCAGGAGAGUUCUCAAGCACAAGUGAAAGGGAACUUUGCUAGGCUGCAGGCCUGCAUCUCAGAACUCCGCACGUUGCAGAAAGAAGGCUGUUUCAGACCACACAGCACUUCUCUGCAGCUGGCAGUAGAGGAUGGGCUCCAGCAGUUCAAACAGUACACCAGACACGUGGCCACAGGUGCAGCUCUGAGCUACACUUCCCUGGAGAUUACUGUUCUGACUUCUCAGCCUGGAAAAGAGGUGGUCAAACAAUUGGAGGAAGGAUUGAAAGAUACAGACCUAGUAAAGGUCAGGAGACUUCAGGUGGUUGAGAUCACAGAGGGAGUCCUAGAGUGUAUGGACUCAGUAUCCCCUGUUGAAGAGCCUAGCAGCGAUGAGAGUUCUGUCCUGGGAACUGACAUUGACCUUCAGACCAUAGACAAUGAUGUUGUCAGCAUGGAGAUUUUCUUCAAAGCCUGGCUACAUAACAGUGGAACAGACCAAGAACAUAUCCAUCUUCUUCUUCCUUCACGGUGUUUCAGCAACAUUUCCAGAUCCGGAGAUGAUUCAAUGUGCCUGAAAUGUGAUCUCCAAGAGCGACUUCUCAGCCCGUCCCUGCUCCCUGGCACAGCUGAUGGCUCCUUGAGAAUGGAUGACCCCAAAGGAGACUUCAGCACACUUUACCAGAUGGCCUCCCAGUCAUCCGCCUCUUGUUACAAGCUCCGGGUGAUCAAGGCUCUAAAUUCCAGUGGGAUCUGCGAGUCAUUGACAUAUGGACUGCCCUUCAUCCUCAGACCCACAAGCUGUUGGCAGCUGGACUGGGAUGAGCUAGAGACAAAUCAGCAGCAUUUCCAUGCUUUGUGUCACAGCCUGCUGAAAAGAGAAUGGCUGCUGUUGGCCAAAGGGGAGCCCCUGAGUGGAGGACACAGCCUGAGAACGCCUGCCAGCACUUUCUAUGUGAUUGUGCCAUCACGCUCCCCCACUCUGCUGGUGAAGGCAGUGGCCACUAGGGAACUGUUGCUGCCCAGCCCCUUCCCCCCACUGCCUGAGGACCCAACUGACGUCAGCCUUAAGACUGUGGAGAGGGUGCUGGACAGCCUGGAGCUAGAGCCCACCUACAACCCCUUGCAGGCUUGGAGCCACCUGUACUCACACCUGAGCAACACCUUGACCAAGCUUCAGGGCCGGAUCCAGCCAAGCUUGGAAAGCCGGGCCCUGAGAAAGCAUCCCUGCAAGGCUGGGCAGUUGCAGACAAACCGAGUUCGAGCCACAGUGGCCCCCCUGCCUAUGACUCCAACCCCUGGCAGAGCCCCCAAGAUGCCAGCAGCCAGCAAGCCUUCCUCAGAAGUUUUCUUCUGGCCUUCCAAGGAGGAAGAAGUGGAGGAGCAGAAAGGGGAGGAGUAUCCCUCUGGGCCCUAAGUCACCAGCACCAGAGCCUGGCGGCCCUGUUCAACCACAUCCACACUAAGGCUCAUACAGUGAAUGGCCUUUGCUCCACCUGAGCCUCUGUGAGCUCCAGGCGACUGGGAAACAGAGCCUUUCCCUCCUGAGUCUUCAGAACUGCUGCCGCCCCACUGCUUAGUCCUGGAAGAGACACACCUGAACUUUUUCCUUCUCCAAGCAGGAACUCAUUUUCUUUUGGAUUAUUUGAUACUGUUAGCACAGUAUCAGAUUAAAUACCCAGUAAGUCUC